AUGGUCAGCCCCAGCCAGCGGUCCAGCAGCACCCGCCUGCCGUUCUCGCCGCAGCCGCAGCCGCAGCCGCAACCGCACCGCUCCAAGAUCGUGCGCUUCCGUCGCAAAUGCUACCUCUCGCUGCUGUCCGCAUGCAUCCUCGUGAACGGCAUCCUCUUGCCCGCGACCACCGGCCUCAUGGCCCACAUCCUCGCCGUCACCCAUGACCAGGUCUCGCAGUACGGCGACGACUUGAAGCGCGGCAGUUCCUACCUGAUAGCCGCGUCGGGCGCCAUUGGACUGCUGGACGCCUGUGUGCUGUUCGUCAUGUCCCUCAUCCGCGACGACAUGCCCUUGAAGUGGAACUGGUCCGGAAAGGAAAAGCACCGAGAGUGGAAGCUCCCCAUCCAUCGCAUUGCGGCUUUCGUCGCACUCGCCGCCGUCUUGCGCGGAGCCGCCGCCGCCGCCUACUCCAACUACGACUACUGGGAAUCCAAGCAGAGCGUCGAGCAGAAUCUGGGAAGCAACGGCACCUACUACACCCCGGAAACCUGGAUCUGCACCGGUGCUGCCAACAAAACCAUCAUCGAGGGCGACCACCCCGAGUACAAAUGGAUGUGUCGCGAAGCCCAAGGAGGGCGCUACCUCUCCAUAUUGACCACCAUAAUCGCUGCCAUCACACUGAUCUUGGUUCUCUGGAGAUGGCGUCGCCGAAACCUCGACAGGCAAUACCAGCCCGUCGCCCACAGCCGGAGGCCGAGCGACAUCAUCCCUUUCGGCAGCGUCGAGAGUGGCCUGGGAAGCGGGCGGAGUUCGCAAGGCACGCGUUACCACAACCCCUCUAGUGUGGGCACUCCCCCGGCACAGCCUCAAGAAGUCGUCGGAAGGGAAGUGUACGAGAUGCCCGCGGAUUCAAUCCAUGAGAUGGAGCACCAUCCUAUGGUGCGCGACUCGGAUGAACUCUCGAUUCAGGGAGAGCCCAACGAGUAUUUUGCACCCGACGACCACAGGAACGGCCAGCGGCGUCGGUGUGGUUCUGACGAAGAAGGAAAAUGA